AUGAGCCGGCAGCUAUAUAUGGCUGGUCCGGGGAGGAUCGCAGUGCUCCACGUCUCGAUCUCCCCGUUCCGAUUCCUGAUGGCCACCAGCCGCCGCGCCGCCAUGGUGAUGGCCACGAGAGCCAAGAAGAGGAGGCUGGAAGAAGAAGAAAAACAGGAGCGCGUCGACGACUUUAUCAGCGGCCUCCCCGACGGCAUCCUCUGCGACAUCGUCACGCUCCUCCCCACCAGGGACGGCGCCCGCACGCAGGUCCUCUCCUCCCGGUGGCGGCACAUAUGGCGCUCCGCUCCCCUCAACCUCGACCUCCCUGAGCCAUUGCGGCGCAGCCCAGCCAGCGACAUCUCCCGCGUCCUCUCCGCACACCCGGGCCCCGGCCGCCGCUUUUACGUAAGCUACCGCCGCGGCCUCAACCACUACAGCUUGGACAUCGAUACGAUGACCCUCGAUGGCUGGCUCCGGUCCCCCGCCAUUGACGGCCUCCGGGAGCUCGAGAUCCUCCUCGACCAUUAUCGCUGUAUGGCUAAGCUGGUUUCACUGCCGCCAUCGGUGCUCCGGUUCUCCACCCUCGCCGUCGCCAGCUUCGAAUCAUGCGUCCUCCCAGAUUGCGGUGCUACCCACUGGCCACAUCUCAAGAAGCUGACCCUUUUCAGUGUCACGGUCUCGGAGAGCUCCCUACACGCGUUGCUCGCCGGCUGCUCUUCCAUUGAGAGCUUGCUGCUACGUGACAACAGAGGCUUCUCUCGAGUGAAAAUCGUGUCCCCUAGCCUCAGGAGCAUCGGUGUGAGUUCUAUUCGGGGACUCGAUGACGACCCUAGGUUACGACAGCUCGUCAUCGAGGACGCCCCUUGCCUAGAAAGGUUACUGUUUUUUGAUGGACUGGGCAUUGGCAUCUCGGUAAUCUCUGCGCCAAGGCUGGAUAUUCUGGGGAAACUCAAGGGCGUAGGCCAUAUGCUUCAAUUUGGCACCACGGCUCUUCAGGGAUCGCCCGUUGCUAGCUUGACGACGGUGGUGCCAAGUGUGAGGGUUCUAGCUUUAUCUCAUAUGAAACCUUGUUUGGAUGUGGUUAUUAACUUGAUGAAGUGCUUUCCUCACUUGGAGAAUUUGCACAUGAAGAUAACACACGAUGGGGAGGAAAAUGCAUGGUUUGAUAAGUACCGGGAACCUAUUGACAUCCGUCUGAGAAAGAUCGUGCUAGCAUACUUUCAUGAUAGGAAGUUGCAUAUUGAAUUUGCUAAGUUCUUUGUAAUGAAUGCAAGCGUGCUGGAGUCAAUGACGCUUGAGUUAAAACAUGGAAGUGUUGGCAACGACGCAUGGAUUAGAAGACAACGUAGGCUGCUCCAGGAUGAAGAGGAAGACGAAGACGAAGAGCACCUCGGCUGCAUCAACAACCGCCUCCCCGAGGAUGCCAUCAGCGUCAUCGUCUCAACAAUCUCCCGGAGUUUGAUCAUUGAUGUCAAGAGCUAG